UUAUUUGCCUGGACAUUCGUGAAUGACACCGGAGAAAGCCGAAGCGGACCCCGGAAGCUCCCUCGUUACUGGUCGGUCUGUCAGAGAUGUGCCGCCGCCGCCGCUUUGUAGCUGGAGCUUCUCUGACAUUACUCUGUGUUAUGAAGACGCCCUCAGCGAAAUAAAUCCGGAACAUUGAGGUGACGACCUACAUGCCAGUCUGCAUGUGUGAUUCGUUUUCAAUGCUGGUCCAGGGGGUAAACCACACAGCAUGCUAUUGUGAAGAGGAAACCUAUUAGAGCAGGAUGCAGUCUUCAAACCACCGACUGCGAGACAUGGAGCAGCACCACCCACUGCUGUCGGCAGGUGCAGAUGUGGAGACGGGGAGCCUGGCAGCCGGAGUGAUGGUUGGGAGUCCUCACACGGGCCACACCGCGGGGAACCGUACCCUGUGGUUCAUUCAGGACAGCUGCGGCAUGGUGUGUGCAACCAUAACCUGGUUCCUGGUGCUAUACGCCGAAUUUGUGGUGAACUUUGUCAUGCUGCUUCCCGCCAAGAACUUCUGGUACUCACUCCUGAACGGGGCCACCUUCAACUCACUGGCUGUGCUUGCAUUGGCGUCACAUCUGCGCACCAUGAUGACUGACCCGGGGGCAGUUCCUAAGGGCAACGCCACCAAGGAGUACAUGGAGAGCUUGCAGUUGAAGCCUGGUGAGGUUAUCUACAAGUGCCCGAAGUGUUGCAGCAUCAAGCCUGAGAGGGCGCAUCACUGCAGUAUUUGUAAAAGAUGCAUCCGGAAGAUGGAUCACCACUGUCCCUGGGUCAAUAACUGUGUGGGAGAAAAGAAUCAGAGAUAUUUUGUUCUUUUCACUAUGUACAUAUCCUUGAUUUCUGCCCAUGCCCUGGGCCUCAGUGGAAUGCACUUCUUCAGCUGUAUUAAAGUCCAGUGGAACGAGUGCAGUGAGUUCUCUCCAGGGGUGUCGGUGCUGCUCCUCAUCUUCCUCUGUCUCGAAGCCAUCCUCUUCCUCACUUUCACAACCGUAAUGUUUGGUACACAGAUCCACUCCAUCUGCAAUGACGAGACGGAGAUUGAACGUCUUAAAAACGAGAAGCCCACGUGGGAGCGUCACGUGAGAUGGGAAGGAAUGAAAUCUGUGUUCGGGGGUCCACCGUCUUUGCUAUGGUGCAAUCCUUUCACGGGUCUGCGUCUGCGGCGAGUGUUGCUGUUGACCCACGGCCGCCGCGGCGGGUCGGAGUUUUCAGUCUGAUCCAGCUCAUCAACACUUGAUCCUCCCUACAGCUAGAUUUUUUGUAUGCCCUCUCCUGGUCUGGGGCUUAGAUGGACCUCUGCUCCCUGAACCUGUCUCUCAUGUGUGGGUGUCAGGCAGACUGGCUGCACCAGUGGGACCCCAGUGAAUCAAUCAACCACCACUGAGAUUUGGUAUCCUCUCUCUUACAUGCUGACGAGUCUGCUGAGCAACUGGAAUAUUGUUUUUAACAUAAGCAGCUCUUUGGUUUGUUUGUGUCUUUAGGAUAAGCAUGCAGUAAGUAACAAGUGAGUCUUUAAUUCCUUGUGAGACCAUCCGAGGUGUUGUUUGAACUCAACUUAUGUACCUUCAAUCCACAACUCCAGCAGUUUGUCUUCGCUGCUACGCACACGAGAUUCGAGAUUAGGGUUUGGAUUUUUUUUGGAGAGGAGAUCAGCAAUAUAUCCUUCAUCAUCACUGGACCCAGACAAGUGAAUCAAUACGGGAAAAUACUUGAAAGGGUUGUGUCGGACCCAGACAACGGGAUCGCAGUGAAGGACAUGCACCACUCGCAUGGCUCUUGAGAAAGCAGCCUGGACACGGAGCACCAUGGACAUCAUGAAUUAUACUGUGCUGCCUUGAUUUGCAUGUAUGACAGUUCAAUCAGUCAGUAUCUCUGCCAGAAAAAGAGACUCUUCUCUGUCUUCAAAUGAAUGAACAGGCUACUGUGAACACAAGCCUCAUUCUUAUUCAAGAGGACUGAGUGGCUUUUCCUGUCUCUUCAUCUCCUCCAUCAGUUUUCCUGCCUCUGCCUGACAUUUUUUAAAUGUAAAUCAAGCCAGUAUAAAUGAAUUCUCCUUUUAUUUAAUUUUUUUAAACCUGCUGAAGCUUCUGUAAGCUUCAUCACAGUGACCACUCCUCGACAGUUGACCUUAAUGACUCACUAGGGAGGACUACAGUUAUUCUGAAUAUUCAUUUGGGGGGAAAAUAUCACAGUUUUGUAUAAGUCAUAUACAUGUGGUCAAUUUUCCAUUCCACUGCUCUUACAUGCUGCUUCACGUCUCACUGUCUACAAGUGAUGGGUGACCCACAGACCAAUGAUACGCCUCCCUAAGUUUUUUUUAUAUAUAUAUAUAUAACCAAGUGAUUCAGGUUAAACAAGGUUGGCUGCUGAAAAGAUCGAAUGUUCUGAAGCUAUAUUGGUUUUAUUUCUACACAGUUUUGCUGUAUGUGGAAAACUGGAGGCUCUGUCUGUGUAUAGUAGGAAUCCACAGGAGAGAACAGUUCGGUAAGACUUCAUAGCAUUUAAACCGUGGAAAGCAACCCGACAACCCCCACCUCAAUUCAGAGCCAAGUCUCGGACGUGGUUGCUUAGCAUGCUCCUUGGCCACCGAGUGGUUCAACAUUUUGAAAAAGAGAAUUUAAAAUACUUGUACGACCUCCUCUGGCUCGUCGUGAGCUCAUUCUUAUCCCCAGAGCCAAGCUCCAUUGUGUAGCCUGUAGAAUUACAAAGGAGCUGCUUUGCAGAAAGAGGCUGAGGUACAGGGCUCAUUAUACAGACUGGACAAAGUCUCUGUGAGCUCAGCAGAUGCUUGUGAGGCCUUUCUUACCUGACUCCAGAAAUGUCGGGCUUGUGACAUCAUGUGGCAGGACAGAAGCAGAUACUCUCCCAGUGUCGCUAGGACACUUAAUCCAUGCCUUCAAAAUCAUUCUGUCAAGUGAAUUUAUUAGCUUGAAAGAUUUUUGUUAUUAUUGCCAUAUUCAUAGUGUUUUCUCACUUUGUGACGACUAUGUCUCCUGUUUUUUUACUCUGCAUAAGUCAUGGGCCUGUUUGCACUGGAUGAAUGUGGCUUUUUUUAAGUCAGGAGUUCCAAGAUUUAAAGUCAAGUUCUGACUGACGGGCCGGUAUAGUGUUGUCGAAUCAAGAUUCUCAAAAGUCUCGUUUUUUUUAUGGCGUGUUGGACAAUAUAUUGCUGUUCGUUCCCAUCUGUGGUCGUCAGGAGAAGAAACUCCUCUGUUUACACUAAAUGAUGAUAUCUGACGCUCUAUGGCCAUGAUGCUUUUAAACAAAUGCUGUCAUUCGAAUGUAAGAGUUAAAUAUUUCGGGACUAAGGGACAUGUCACUGAAAGCUAACUGAUAUCAGGGGAUUUUAUUAAUGCUGGCCUCUUAUUUCUUUUUUUAUUCUGCAUCACCUCAGUUGACUGGAUAUACAUGUUGGAGAAUCACUUUCCUACUCAAGCAGCAUCAUACUGUGUCAGUAUUCAGCAAGUCCCUUGUGCUAACAUACUCGGUGUACUUUUUAACACACAUAAAAAUCAUAGGCAUUAGACAGAUUGUAUUGUAUUUUAAGGCUUCUCAGAAAACAACAAAAUCAUGCUGUUAAGUUUUGCAGAUGCACCAAUAUCUUGCUGAUAAAUCGACCGCUGUUAAAUUAAUAAUAUUUGCGAGUAUUAACGGUAAAACUACAUCCAGAGCCACUCAGAGGCCGAUAAACUGAUAAACACAAAAUGCCUUUACACUACAAGAAAAUAUCUGAGCCCUGACUUAAUGUAACAGUGGCAGGAGUAACACACAGCUUAACUUUAACUUAUAUUUGUAGGAGGUUUCAGAGCUAACGGAUUCAUAUCAUGUGACGAAUGGUGUAAAAUGUUCGACCUGGCUUGGUUGAUAUUAACAACUACUUCACUAGAGGGUAGUUCUGCUUCAUGACCAAACUCACAUGUUAAAAUCAUCAUGUCUUGAGGUGGGAUUCUGUUACAGGGUAUGUAGUUUUACAUUCAGCAAUAGAAUAAAUUAAUGAUGAUUUUAAAGGGUCAUAGUGGUAAAUGUAUUUUGAGCGAUUCUCCACUUUUCUGUUUGACUCAGUAAAACAACAAUCAACAUGGAGAGAGAGCUGUAGGACACGUGAAACUGUGUAAACCAAUACAACACUACUCCGUCAAAAGGGUUUUCUCACACUAGUUUGGGAUUUUUGUGCUGAAAUUCUCAGAUAAAGAGCAUUUUGUGAUGUAUAGUAGUGAUUUUUAACAGGCUGGAGGUUUCACCACAGAUUUACCAUCAUUACCAACAUUGCCAUGAGAAGGUGCAAAAGGUUUUAUUUCCUCCAGAACAAAAGUCCUUCAGCUUUAUAAACAAACUAUAAAAGUUACUAUUAACAAUAUAUAAAUGGAAUGUUUUAUUCAAGCUUUUUUAAAUUAAUGUGUCACAAUCUUAUAAUGUCUUCUAUCUUUAAUGUCAUUCUUUUGCAUAAUAAACUUGAUUAAACUCAUA